UGACACAUGACUAGUGCGAGCGAAGUGUGGUGCGGAUUUUGCAGCACAGACGCGCGGAGGACUUUGAAUUCCUGCUUUAUCUCUCUACCUACUUUCUGUCAAAUUCACACGAAAUAUCUCCAAGAAAGCAAGCGCUUUUGAGAAGGAGUAGGUGUUGAGGAAUUACCCCCCAAAAAACCCCCCAGAAAGCAACACGUAUCCGGUUGUGGGGGUCCCACGAAAGAAGCGACAGGAGUUUGGAGCCAGUCGCGAAAAGCAAAGCGAGCGAAGGAGGGGACAGAAGAAGACAUUUAGCUUGGUUUGCAACAACCAGCAACGAAAAACGGAAUAAUGAGGAACGUUUGCUUCAUUUUGACCCUCGGCUUGGCUGUUUACCUCUCCGGUGAAAGGAUAGCAGAGGCAGCAAAGCCCUCCUCCCAGGUUGACGACUUGUACCUGGAUGACGCAGGCUCAGGAGGCUACUACCCCGAAGACGACGAUGACUUCAACUCAGGGUCUGGCUCGGGUGGAGGGGAAGAGGUGGCGGAGGAAACUGUGACUGUCAGUAUGGUUUACAUCGCACCCAAAGCAGCAGAACCCACCAAGGACUCCACCAAAGAUUUCACACCUAGAGUGGACACAGCUACGGUCAGGGAAAAGGGAAAGGCCAGAGACAGCACACCAAGGAAACCAUUCAGAACAGAGGCUCCAGUGCCUGUUACAGAGGACAUGCAGAGGAACCAGAUGACCAGUACAACUAGUGCCCCCGGCUCGCCCCAGGAGCCCAUCGAGGUCCGCACUGAAAACCUCUUCCAAAGGACAGAGGUGUUGGCAGCCGUUAUAGCCGGCGGCGUGAUCGGAUUCCUGUUUGCCAUCUUCCUCAUCCUCCUCUUGGUUUACCGCAUGCGGAAGAAGGACGAGGGCAGCUACGACCUGGGCGAGAGGAAACCUUCCGGUGCAGCCUAUCAGAAGGCCCCAACCAAGGAGUUUUACGCAUAAAAGCCCCGCCCACCCAUCAUGAGACCGAAAAGUCACGCAAGGCUGCCGCAGGCGCAGCCCUCGGCGGCGGAGAACAUGAGAUACAACAAAAAGUUACAAUGUUGAUUUAAGGAAAAAAUAGCAUAGUGUAUUGUUAAGCUCUUUUUUUUUGUUUGUCCCCCCCCUUCUUAUGUUUUUAAAAUCCAAGCUUUCCUCAUUUUAUGGCGUCAGUGUAUUACAUGAAAGUUUUAAACAAAAAUAAAUAACCAACAGGAUAUGUAAAAGGUGAGAACGUGAAUUGCAACCGUCUUCUGUCAAAAUGAGCUGGUGUUUAGUGGCCGACUGCUUUUAACGCCAGCGGGAUUUUUAUUUGUAAAGACAAAAAAAUCAAAAGUGGAAAUAAUUGAAUUAUACUGUCUCAAUCCUACUCAUGUUUUUUUUUUUAAUUUUGAUUUUAUUUGUCUUAGCAUGUCUGAUGUUGAUCUCUAAAGUUGUAUUACAUUAAUUUAUCUUUUCUCUGAUGUUGAAAAAUGCCUUUUGUAGUUUUGAUGAAGCUCUUUUGUCUUCACAUUAACGCUGUUAAUAGUCCAUGUACAUUUUCUCCUUUCGGGUUGCAGUGUUUUUCUUUCCUGCUCUCACAUCCGUUUUUAGACAAAAGCCAGCAUAACAUCGUGUUUAUUUGAUUCGUCUUCUUUAUUGUUGCUUUCCUGACAGCAUUUCAUCUUGAUAGCCAGGAAUUGGUGUUUAAAAACAUGGAAGGAAAAUGUUCAGAAAAACAAGUCAUUUCUGUUUAAAGGCUUUUUUUUGGUGAGGAGGUGGUGGUGGGUGGAGGGGGGGGGGUCUCUUUUUAUUAUUUUCAACGUGUUUGCUGACUGCACCCUCGCCAAACUCGCAUCCUUUUACCCCAACCGGGCCUCCUCUUUUCCUCUGUUUACCCUCACGCCCACCUUCUUUUGGAGUCAGAUUGGAGCACGGCCAGUUAAGCCGUCAAUGGCCUGCCCUACUUCCUGCUUUUAUUUUACCCGCGUUGAUGCUUUGGGCCCGAAAGACCUGCUCCAGUGAAAGGCCGCUUGGACACAAACACACCGGGCGACAUGCGGUGUGCGUACACCACUGAAGCAAACAACACAAGAGCGCAUACCUAGUUUGGUUGACGUCCUCACUUUUGAAUUAAUACAUCAUGAAAGGACAAUAAAAUCAAGUUUUACAUCUGUCAGAUUGCCUUUUCCCGCUGUACAAUAAUGUGAAGUAGAUCAAGUACACCGUUUUUCCAAUGCGUGUCCCCUCAGUGCAGUCAUUUCUUGUCCGAAAGGGACCCAAGGUACUACGAACUGUGUUGAUCAACCCAAAGACUCACAGUGUUCCCACUCCCAUCUCUCCUUCAUGGCCACUUCUGUUUUUUCUCUUUCCUUUUUCCUCUCUCUCUUCCCCCCCCUCUUCAUUAGAGACCUGUCCAUUUGCUUAUUAGUAUAUGAAAAGAUAUAUAAAUACAGUAUAUAUAAAUGUAUAUUCACAAAAUGUUUUAAACCUUAAAAGUGCCUACCAUUUGGGAAAAGAUCGUGCUCGCGGUGAGCGCGUGGCAGGGGUCGAAAUGACAUUCAGUGUGCAUGGAUGACUGUAAUGGUACCAUUUUUUUUUUUUUUUUAGUCUUACAGAAGCUGACAGUAUUGUACCUAUAAGUUGAAACAACACUACUGAAUAAACAUUGUGGCCUAAUG